GUUUCACAACACUGGCUAAAACUGAGUCACGUGCACCUAUAAUGGACAAAAAAGAUUUAUUCCGAUAACUGUGGCUUUUCUAAGAUAUAUUUAUAAAAAGAUGAGGCCUUUAUUUGUCAUUUUGACAGUCGGGGCGGUCGCGAGUAGUGGAGCACUGCUGGCGACGGUACUCUACUUUGUUUUAUCAACAACGUCUUCCCCGACUGAGGACUGGCAGAGGGCAACAUCUAUUUAUGAUUUCAAUGCAACAGACAUCGAUGGCAAUGUGAUUCCCUUGGAAAAGUACAGGGGGAACGUUGUCAUCAUCACCAACGUUGCCUCCAAAUGAGGCAAAACCGUAGUAAACUACUCUCAGUUUGCAAAGAUGCACGCCGCGUAUGCUGAGAGGGGUUUACGCAUCCUCGCUUUCCCAUCCAACCAGUUUGGGAAUCAGGAGCCGGGUAAUGAAACUCAGAUCAAGGAGUUUGCUGAGUCCUUCGAUGCUCAUUUUGAUAUGUUUAGUAAGAUUGACGUGAAUGGACCCAACGCUCACCCUCUGUGGAAGUGGUUGAAGGAGCAGCCAAAUGGUAAAGGAAUUUUUGGAAAUAGCAUCAAGUGGAACUUCACUAAGUUUUUGAUCAACAGAGAGGGACAGGUGAUGAAAAGAUACGGACCACUGGAUGAUCCAAGUGUGGUGGAAAAGGAUCUUCCUAAAUACCUUUAACCUUCUGACGGAUGGCCUAUUCCUGUUUUGACGCUGUUUAUGCUGUGUGUUUCCACUGCUUUCUUCAUCUCUUCAAGCACCGGUGGACAUACUUGUAACUCCCCUCCAGACCAAUGAUGGACUGUUCGAAAAUCCACUCGCUGGGCAGAACAGACCUGAUAAAACUGGCGUGCAAACCUGCUGGGAGGAUUUACAAAGCUUAUGUUCCCUUGGUUUCCUGAAGUGCAGAGAGCAUGAGAACAUCAAUAUUUGAACAGCUUCAAAUCCUGCCUUGUGUUCUUAAUAAAUAUAUUCCUUCUACUAAAAUGUA